AUGGCUUCCUCGGAUCCAGAUAAUGAUCGAACCGCGAGGCUCUCGGCAUUUUUAAACAAAGUCGUCCAUGGCCAGAGAAUGCUAUCUACCGCGCGUGACGGCAAGCUCUUUAUCGAGGCUUUGUGUGCUCAGGCCGACCCAGCAGCUUGUGCCCACAAGCUCCUUUCCAGUCAUUCAGGGCUCCCCGCCCUCCAAGAAUCAGUGCGAUUUGAUACUUCGCCCUCAUUUCUCAACGAAAAUGCGGUGACAUUGCUUCAGUACCUUCAAUCACCGUCCCUGAAAAUGAUCGAUUCCGGGUCGGUUCUUAACCAGUUGCUACUUAGCAUGGUAGAGCCGCCAUUCUUCUGGGAUGCUUGCAUAAAAUCGUUUGUGGGUGGUUUACUUAACCCAGGUGCUUGCCACGCUUUCGCAUGGCUACUGCUACAGCUCACUUGCUUGCCUGGCAAGAAAUCAUCACCCUACGUUGCAGUAGCCAAUUCGCAAAAUAUCCUAGACUCGAUCCUAACAUCACCGAACGGAGAAACUCGCAUAAUAGGACAGAAGAUCAAACAUGCCUUACCACUGGAUGCAUCGGAACUUCACGACGCCGAAGGUUCUUCACCUGGUGGCAGGCAUGACAACGAUCAUGCAAAUCAUAGGGAGAUUUUAAUCAUGCCUACUGCAGAUGAGCUUUUGUCAAAGGACCGUCCUUUUUUCCGCACCACCGACUUUAUCGACGACCCGGAGCUUGUCUCUUCUCGCCGCGACAUGCAUAUAGAUAACCAGUUCCGGCUUCUUCGCGAGGAUAUGCUCUGUGAAAUACGGGGUGAGCUAGAGAUACUCACAGGGGUAAAGCGUGGCCACCACAAAGGCAUCGUUGUGGACGGUCUUUCUCUUGCAGGAGUGGAGAUGGGUACUGAGCGCAAGCGCUUACCGUGGUGUGUCGUGCUUAAAUGCAAUGGCGAGCUCCCACAAUUGAAGAAUCUUACUAAAGGGAAGAAGAAAGACUUUCUGAAAGACAACCGGCACAUUUUACGGCACGGAAACAUGGCGUGUCUGAUGAUUGACAACGAGCCAGCAGCGUUUCCGACCAUCCACCGGGAUGAAGACGGGCUCGCUGAUAACCCUGCCACAAUCACUAUACAAUUCCCCGAUGAUCCGAGGCUCUCGUAUGCCCUGUCUAAGAUGAAGACGGCUGAAAGCGUUAGACUAGUUCAGCUCGAUGCGGCGAUAUUUGCAUUUGAGCCAUUCUUGCGACGCUUGCAAGAGAUGGUUGAGCUACCACUAGCAGAGGAGCUACUCUACUGGAAGGAGGAUAAAGCCAUCGCAGGCCCAUCUUUUCAGCCAACAAAAGUAAUCACUGCCCUUGAAAAGCUCUCCGGCAAGAGCGUGCAAGAUCUCUUAGGCCUUAAGAAAAAGGUUGUUCUGGACAAUUCACAAAUGGUAUCUCUUUGUACUAGCUUACUUCAACGCGUUAGUCUUGUUCAAGGCCCACCCGGAACUGGAAAGUCUUUUGUCGGUGCCUUGAUAGCCAAGGCCCUGCACGACUCAACGUCGCAGAAAAUUCUGGUAGUUUGUUUUACCAAUCAUGCCCUAGAUCAAUUCCUUGAGGACUUGAUGGAUAUUGGGAUUCCACAAUCGUCUAUGGUUCGUCUAGGGGGGAAAUCGACUGACCGGACAAAGCCCUUGAUGAUUCGAGAAAUGGCUAGCGUAAAGCUCGGCCGAACGCAGUGGGCUCAGAUCGAUAAAUUGAAACAAAGCCUAUGUCAUGGCGAGGAAAGACUGAAGGAUGUUUUCAACCGCUACCGGACUGCCAAUAUUCAGAAAAAACAUCUCAUGGAGUUUCUUGAGUUUUUAUCUGAUGACCUUCCAUUCUAUGACGCUUUUACGGUUCCAAAAACUGAGAACGACGGCAUGAUUCGAGUUGGCAGAGCUGGAAAAACCAUGGGCCCAUUCUACCUUCUCGAUCGGUGGAUCAGGGGUGAAAGUAAUUGUGGAUCUCUCCAACAUUUACUGUCGAAACGCGCCGCUGCGGUUUGGGAAAUGCCACCUGCGUUAAGAGUAUCCACUGUAGUGCGCUGGCAGACAGCCAUCCUGGACGAUCUUGUGAUGGAGAUUCGGGAUACCGGACGACAGUUUAACUUGGAUCAAGCCGAGCUUGACAGGGUAUUUAGAGAGAGAGAUGCAGGUAUUAUAAAAACCAAAAGGAUUAUUGCCUGUACUACAAACGGGGCCGCCAAAUACUCUGCGGAGAUACAAAAUGCGGCGCCAGGCGUUAUCCUCGUUGAAGAGGCUGGUGAGAUCUUGGAAGCUCAUAUCUUAACCUCGUUAGGGCCUCAUACUGAGCAAUUGAUCUUGAUCGGAGAUCAUAAGCAACUUCGGCCUAAGUGUUCAUACGAGCUCAGCGUUGAUCAGGGCGACGGUUUUGACCUCAACCGAUCUUUGUUCGAACGGCUCGUCCUUAAAGGAUUUCCGCACGUCACUCUCACACAACAGCAUCGUAUGAGGCCGGAGAUCUCUUCCAUGAUCCGCCAUCUAACCUACCCUGACCUUACCGAUGCUGACUCAACCCGCAACCGAACCAAUAUUCGCGGCUUCUGCGAUAAUGUUAUAUUUGUUAAUCACUCCCAACCAGAAGCUGAACUGAAGAGUUCCAAGGAGUUGAGGGACGGCAGAGCCACCUCUAAACAAAAUGUAUUUGAAGCGCAGAUGAUAUUAAAGUGCGUUCGGUAUUUGGCACAGCAGGGUUAUAGCUCCGACAAACUCGUUGUUAUUACGCCUUAUCUUGGGCAGCUGAAGCUUCUGAGAGAGCAUCUCGCAAAAGAAAAUGACCCCAUACUUAAUGACCUCGACAAGUUCGACUUGGUGCGCGCAGGGCUAUUGACUGAUCUUAGCUCAAAGGCAACAAAACCGUCGCUCCGUAUAUCAACCAUCGACAACUACCAAGGUGAAGAGAGCAAUAUAGUCUUGGCCUCGAUGACCCGAAGCAAUAAGUCAUUUGAUAUUGGCUUUAUGGCAGCACCUGAACGCUUGAACGUCCUGCUCUCCCGCGCACGAGAUGGUCUGAUUAUGAUUGGAAACUCUGAGACCUUCAUGCAUGCUCGCAAAGGGAAGGAUAUUUGGCGAAAAUUAUUCGUUCACCUAAAGGAAAAUGACCACAUCUACGAAGGAUUUCCCGUGAGGUGUGAGAAACAUCCGGAUCGAACGGCUCUGCUCUGUAAAGCGGAAGAUUUCGAGGCAGAAUGCCCAGAUGGGGGAUGUAAGGAGCCCUGUGGCGAAAUGCUGAAAUGCGGCCUUCAUAAAUGCCCGAGUAGCUGCCACCAGCUAUUCAAUCACGCUAAAAUUUCUUGUAUGGCCCCUUUGACUCAGAAGUGCUCCAAUGGACAUAAUCAAUCCUGGCGGUGCCACCAAGGUGCACCACCAGUUUGUCAAAAAUGCGAGCGCGACAGAAAGGAUGCAUUGAAGAAGGCUCAGAAAGCCCUAGACGAGAAAGAAAAGCGGGAGGAAAAGAAUAAGAGGCAUCUAGAGGAAGUUGCAAAGGUAGAGGAAGAUAUCGAACAGAUCAAUCAGAAGAUGAAGGAAAUGCGCCUAGAUCGUGAACAACAGGCUAUCCUUCUUCAAAAACGACAGGAUCUUGCAGCUGCCAAGGAAAGGGCUAACAAGAAACAAACAGCCACUCAUCAAGCGGAUAUCUCUAACGAUGAAAACGGUUCAAAACCCAAAAACGAAACACUUAAAAUUUCCUCAAAGCCUUCACCCGCAGUAAAGUCCAGCCCGAACAUUCCAGGAAAGCAUUUACGGGUUCGCGAGCACAUCAACUCAGCCGUUGAACAUAACAAGUCCCCUUCAAAGACGGAAUGGCAACGCCAGAAGGACCAGGAAAAUGCAAAAAAUCCAGCUAUCGAUAAAAUCAUGGAGAUGAUUGGCCUGGAGGAUGUCAAAAGUCAGGUUCUUAAAAUCAAAGCAAAGGUGGAAACUUCCCUCCGCCAGGGUACCGACCUCAAGAAGGAACGCCUUGGGCUUACACUGCUGGGAAAUCCAGGCACAGGCAAAACAACUGUGGCGAGGCACUAUGCGAAGGUACUGAGCUCGCUAAAAGUCCUCCCCGGAGAUGGUUUUAUCGAGACCACCGGCUCGCGUCUUGCGCACGGCGGUAUUAGCGAAAUCAAAAAUCACCUACAGCAACUGCAAAAUUCAGACGGCGGUGUAUAUUUCAUCGAUGAAGCCUAUCAGCUUACAGAGGCACACAAUCAUGGUGGUAAACCGGUUCUUGACUUUUUGCUUGCCGAAAUUGAGAACCUCACUGGACUAGUGGUCUUUGUCUUUGCUGGAUACCGGAAGCAGAUGGAGAAAUUCUUCGAACAUAACCCUGGGCUCACCAGUCGCAUACCCUAUACCCUCCACUUCGACGAUUAUACUGAUGCCGAGCUAUUGAAAAUGCUACAGUUUCAGAUGAACCAAUUCUUUAAACAUGGAGUUGACAUUGAGGGUGGUUCUGAUGGUCUAUACAUGCGGGUUGCCGUUCGUCGAUUGGGUAGAGGACGGGGACGCGAUGGUUUCGGCAAUGCGAGAGCAUUGGAGAAUAUAUUUAGUAAGAUUCGCGAGCGACAGGCAGAACGCUUAACAAAUGAAAGGAAAAAAGGAACUCGCCCAGAUGAUUAUCAUAUCAGCAAGGAAGAUCUCAUCGGGCCUGAUCCAUCGAAAGUGAUGUUAACUUGCAACUCCUGGGACCAGCUGCAGCAACUUACCGGCCUUGAAGCUGUCAAGAAGUCUAUCAGCAUUAUGAUUGACCUUAUCCAGACAAACUACGCUAGGGAGUUAGAUGAAAAGGAGAUAAUCGACGUGUCCCUCAACCGCGUUUUCCUAGGAUCGCCAGGAACCGGAAAGACUUCUGUCGCCAAAUUAUACGGUCAGAUCCUUGCAGAUAUUGGUAUACUGAGUAAUGGUGAAGUUGUCGUCAAGAAUCCCUCCGAUUUUGUUGGUAGUCACAUUGGCGAGUCCGAAGCAAACACGAAAGCCAUUCUAGCUACCACCGUCGGCAAAGUCCUUAUUAUUGACGAAGCGUAUAUGCUCUACCCUGGCAGCUCAGGGGGUGGAAAUAAGACUGAUAUAUUCAAGACUGCUGUCAUUGACACUAUUGUCGCGGAAGUCCAAAGUGCACCAGGAGACGAUCGCUGUGUACUCCUCCUUGGAUACGAAGCACAGAUGCUAGACAUGUUCCAAAAUGUUAACCCAGGCCUUACUCGAAGAUUUCGACUUUCAGAUGCUUUCCGGUUUGAAGACUUCAGCGAUUCCGAGCUACAGGAAAUUCUACAGUUGAAGCUUAAAAAGCAGGACUUGGGCGCAACCCAGCAAGCUGUAUCCACGGCCAUUGAGGUUUUGGUCCGCCUGCGAAAUGGACUCAAUUUUGGAAACGGCGGAGAUGUGGAAUCUUUGAUAUCAAAAGCCAAAGUCAACUAUCAGGCUCGACAAUCCGCUUUACCGGCAGCAGAUAGAUCCUUUGACUUUCUCUUCGAGCCACAAGAUUUUGAUCCUGAUUUUGACCGAUCCUCUGAAGCUGAAACUAAUCUGCAGGAGCUCUUCCAGGGCGUAAUUGGCUGUGAAGAAAUCAUCGCGAAGUUGGAUGGAUUUUUGAAAGUUGCUAAAGGGAUGCGAGCUCAGGGGCUUGAACCUCGAGGACAAAUACCAAUGAAUUUCAUCUUUAAAGGACCACCCGGAACUGGGAAAACCACGACAGCACGAAAAUUUGGUCAAGUUUACUUUGAUCUUGGUUUCUUAUCGCAGGUUGAAGUGAUAGAAUGCUCUGCCACUGAUCUAAUUGGCGAAUACGUCGGCCAUACCGGACCAAAGACUGUAAAGCAACUCGAGCGCGGAUUAGGCAAAGUCCUCUUUAUAGAUGAAGCCUACAGGCUCGGUCAGGGUCGCUUCGCCCAGGAAGCAAUAGACGAGCUGGUUGACAACAUCACUAAGCCCAAAUUCGCAGGAAAGCUUGUAAUCAUUCUUGCGGGUUACGAUAACGAUAUGAAUAAUCUCCUGCGUGUGAAUCAAGGGCUAAGCAGCCGUUUUGCAGACGAGAUAUUUUUCCCAUCACUGAGCCCAAAACACUGUCUUCAGCUACUCGAGGACAUGCUCAAGCGAAGCCAAAUCACUUUUCCAUCGAUACAUGAUCCAACGAUCUAUCUUAGCCUUGAGGAGCAGGUUGCGGAAAUAUCCAAGCUUCCUGGCUGGGGAAACGCAAGAGAUGUCCAGACGCUCGCGAAAACCAUGGUUCGGGCCGUAUAUCAGAGUAAUGUCACCAAGGUUGACCAGCUUAUUUUACCGGCCGAGAUAGCCCGGAAGUGCGUCCGGGACAUGUUGGUCGACCGAUGCAAGAGAGCAAAAGUUACGCCUUCAUCCCGACAACAGUAUGCAGGGCCAGCUAAAUCGCAGGAUGAUUCAUAUUCGCCACCACCCGUUGGAAUUGGUGCCUCGACAACAACAAAAUCCGAGGUACCGAAACCAAAGGAAGACGAAGAUGCAGAUAAAUCACAACCCAGGGUUGCCAUAGAUGAUGGUCGUGACAUAGGGGUUGCCGACGACAUUUGGGAACAACUUCAAACUGACAAAAAGGACGCUGAAUUCCAGGCGCAGAAAAGCAAGCAGGACAUCCGCGAACUAGAAGAAGCCCAGCGUGCUGCGGAGGAGGUCGAAAAGGAAGUUGAGAAAGUUGCGGCCGCGCUGCGAGAAAUGAAGGCCAAAAAUGAUGCCGAUAUUCUUGAGCGCUUACGCCUUCGUGAAGAAGCAAGGAUUCGCGAGAUGGAAGCAAAGGCUGAGGCAGAACGCAUUCGGAGAGAGUUAGAAAGGAAGAGGCAGGAAGGGGAACGGAAAAGGAAAAUGGAAGAACUUGCUCAGCGGAAAUUGAGGGAGAUGGGGGUUUGUAUCGCCGGGUUUAGAUGGAUUAAACAGAGCGGUGGGUAUCGGUGUACAGGUGGCACCCAUUGGGUACCGGACUCCCGACUGAAUUGA